ACAAACAAAAUAGCAAAAUUAUUAAUCGCUUUUAAUAAGGGAAAGCACAUAAGCAGACAUCUAAUAAAUUAGCCAUAUUUCAAGUAUUAGUUUGGUCUUCAUGUCCCGUCUUAAUCAAAGUUUAUGAACAGCCUGAUAAGCUAUGUUAUCACCAAUUCACAUUUAAGAACGCGCGUGUGAUUUUGUCCAUGGUUCGCUUAUCGCAGCAGCGAUAGGCGUUUAUCUAGCCCCCCUAUCAAUUUACCAACGAGUUUUACCAACGAAAAGUUACAAAAAUGACUUGACCGUGAGUUUGAGCAUUCAGUUACCAACAGGUUGCAGUUAGAAACUGUUGAGGGAGUGGAUCACCAAAACCAAAAUGAACGAUAAAUAUUUGCCACCUGAUCCACCGUCAUAUGGCUUCACAUCGGCACCACCGGGCAGUUCACAAAACUAUCCACCACAAGGUUAUCCGCAGCAUGGUUAUCCACCACAAGGAUAUCCACCACAGACAUCUUAUCCACAGCCAGGGUAUCCUCCCCAGAAUUAUGUACCACCGCCACAAAACUUUGGGGCACCACCUCCACAGAACUAUGGAUCACCACCUCCACAGAACUUCGGCCCACCACCCCCACAGAACUAUGGACCACCACCGACACAGCCACUGCCGUCCUCCCCAAUUGUGGUGCAGCCCACUGGCUGGUAUAACCGAAACCAAAAGAACAAACCACAAUCAAAUGCCGCGGGCGCGGCUGCACUCAUCUUUCUAUCGGGCGGCAUGAAUAUAGCGUGGAGCAUUGGUUUCCACAAUUUUUAUGUUCAAUACCUUCCUGUACACACGCGCGUGGCUUGGUUUAUUGGCGCCAUCAUUGGAGGAGUAUUCAGUUGUUUUCUGGCAAACAAAUUGCCAAAGAAAGUUGUUUUGUGUUUCUGCUCACUUCUGGUUAUGAUUGGUGGAAUUGUGAUUGCAAGCACUCGGUACAACAUCAAAGCCAUAGAGGCGAGUCUCUAUCUAGAUGGCAUAGCCAAUGGAUUGGCAUUUGCUCCCACUAUGGCACUGGCCGGCGAGGUUUCAGUAUUUUAUAUGCGGGGCGCAAUUACCGCGUCCAUUGAGCAAAUGUGCUACACGCUGGGAUUCUUUAUUCAGAUUAUAUAUGUGUCAUCCUGGUCCACGAGCUACAACUAUAAUAGCUUUAAUGCAGAGCAAAUGCAUGGCGUACUGGCUGGCAUCUAUGGGCUGAUUGGGCUAGUAAUUGCUGGUAUACUCUGUAUUGAGUCGCCAGUGAUAACGCUGGCCAAUGGUGAAGAGCAGAAGGCUCUCGAUUUACUACGCCGUCUGCAGCGGCCGUACACGAUCACCACAGAGACAUACGCGCAGCUGGAGGAGCACAAACGUUAUCUGGCGCAGAACAAGGAUUUGUCGACAAGCCAGAGCAUUGUCCAGGCCUUGCCAGCUUUUGUAAGACUAUGCUAUCUGCGAGCCCUAAAUGCCAUGAGUUUUUCCACCUUUGUGUUUUACGCCCUGAUAGUCUCCUUUACGUCCAGCUAUUAUCUAAGUAGUCUUACUUGGCGGUUUAUUGCGUUCGGCGCUGCUCGCUGGCUGGGCACAUUCAUCAGCAGCUUUUGCAUGGAGUCAGCAGGACGCAAGGGCCCAACGCUUUUUGGCCUCGUGGUCUGCGGUGGCUUGUCCUUUGGAAUUGCUAAAUUAAUCGGUGACGUCUAUUCUAUUCACUACGCUGAUGGAGAUACAAUCCUUGCCCUGCUAUGCGUGUUUCAGCUCUUUGCAGGCAUUGCCUCUACGGCCACCUCUGCCUACCUCUCAGAGGCAUAUCCACUGGGCGUUAAGCAACACUUCAUUGCAUCAACCUUCAUAGUCGAAAUGCUGGUCUUCAUUAUCAUUUCAUCUGUGAAGUACAGCAUUCAAGGUCAUGCCAUUUUCUUUUACUUUUUGGGUGCCUUGUACCUGAUUGGUUUUUUCCUGGGGAUCUUCUGUCUGCCAGAGACCCGACGAACCACUUUACGUGAAUCACAAGACAAAUUUAAGGGUAUGAUAAGCAUGGGCUUUUAAUUAAGUAAAUCUCAUUACUUACAUUCCCAUCAGCAUAACAACAUUCAUGAUUAGGCGCUACUUUGAAGUAAAUGGCUUUUAUUAUAAUAAACUAUUCCCAUCCAAUCAUUCAA